GCCGGCCUGGAGCUGGGCCCAGGGGGUGGGUCCAGGCGCUGGACCGCCGCCCGCCCGCAGGGGAGGCAGAGCUGCGGCUCGGAGCGGGAGAGGAGAGCGGCGGAUCAGAGAUGUAAACCUCCUUUGUAAAAACCUCCUUUGCUGCGAAACCAACUCUCCGAGCAGUGCCUUCUAACCAUAAUGCUUGGUGCUUCCUACUGAUACUCAUUAUCUUGGGAAUUCCAAAGCUCAAGUCAAUCCUGGCCUGUGCCGCUAUGCAUUGGGAAUGCAGGAUGGCACGAUCCCAGAUGAAGACAUCACCGCCUCCAAUGAAUUGUACAGACAACUGCGGCCCAAUUUGGCAGACUGGAAAAGGAUGAAGGGGAUGGAGCCUGGUGUCCAGUUGACCUCCUGUACCCCGACAGUACCGAGUAUCUGCAGAUUGACCUCCACGCCCUCACCUUCAUCACGCUGCUCGGCACACAGGGCCGGCACGCCUUCGGCAGUGGGAACGAAUUUGCUCGUGCUUACAAACUGGAUUACAGCCGGGAAGGAAGACGCUGGAUAUCCUGGAAGGAUCGGUGGGGUCAGCAGGUCAUCUCAGGAAAUGUCAAUACUUAUGACAUCGUUCUCAAGGAUCUGCGGCCUCCUAUCAUUGCUCGCUUUGUGCGAGUGAUCCCAGUGACUGAGCAGCCUGCCAGCGUGUGUAUGAGGGUCGAGCUCUACGGCUGUGCCUGGACUGAUGGUCUCUACUCGUAUCGUGGGCCUGUGGGACAAACCAUUGGAAAACCAGGGUCAGCCAUCAUCUAUCUCAAUGACUCUACAUAUGAUGGUUUCCAGGACUCCAGGCAUAGCCACGGCGGCCUGGGUCAACUGACGGACGGGGUGCUGGGACUGGACGACUUCACUCAGAGCCACGAGUACCGAGUGUGGCCAGGCUAUGACUACGUGGGCUGGAGCAAGGACAACUUCCACAGCCAGUAUGUGGAGCUAGAGUUUGAGUUUGACCAGCGAAGGAACUUCUCAGCCAUGAAGGUGCACUGCAACAACCUGUACACCAAGUCGGUGAAGAUUUUCCACCGGGUUGAGUGUUCCUUCAAGCAGCAGUUGGUGGCGAACUGGGAGCAUGACUCUGUGGGCGUCACCACGGUGAUGGACGACAAGAACCCGAGCGCCCGGUUUGUCAUCGUGCCCCUGAGGCAGCGCCUGGCCAAGGCAAUCCGUUGCCGUUUCCACUUCGCCGACCGUUGGAUGUUGUUCAGUGAGGUUUCCUUCCAAUCGUCGAUUGCAGACGUUGGAGAUACAAAUCCUCUGGUGGAAUACUCUCAGCCUCCCUGGAGGGAAGACUGUUCCCAAGUUCCAGCAGGUUCCAGUACUCCCAAGCUGGAUGUAGGCCAAGGCCUGGGGAUAGAGCUGAGAGCCAGCUCCCUCCCAACACAGACUGUGAAAGGAUCUCUGAGUCCUGCUCUGACAAGCACUCCCAGUGGGCUGAUCACUCUGAAUCUAGACAGUUCGCCUUCUCCCGCUGUCAUCAGACCAAUAAACAAUGUUGAGGACAGCAAGACCUCCAUUUUGAUUGGCUGUCUGGUGACCAUCAUUCUCCUCCUCCUCAUCAUCAUCAUUAUCAUCCUGUGGAGACAACACUGGAAGAGGAUCCUGGAGAAAGCUCCACGGAAGAUCCUGGAGGAGGAUGUCACUGUGCGCCUGUCCCAGUGUGAUGAUGCCAUUGUCAUUAACAACCAGAAUCAGAUAUUCCAGACCAAUCCCACGUACGAGCGUGUUUUUCCAUUAGAUUUGGAGUACCAGGAACCUGCCAAGCUGCUGCACAAGCUUCCAGAACUUCCUCAGAGUGCUGAGGACUCGGUCUGCAGUGGGGACUACGCAGAACCGGAUCUGACAAAGGCUGCUCGACACCAGGGUUUCCAGAGCAUGGUUUCUCACUAUGCAGAGGCUGAUAUCGUCAGCCUGCAGGGCAUGACGGGCAACAACACGUACGCAGUCCCUGCACUCGCCAUGGACUCUCUCCUCAAGAAGGAGCUCAGUGUGGGGGAGAUUUCUCGACAUCAGCUGCACUUCAGAGAGAAGCUGGGCGAGGGGCAGUUUGGUGAGGUCCACUUGUGUGAAGCUGUGAGUGUGCAUGAAUUCCUGCAGCCUGAUUUCUUCAACACUGGACACAGUUCAAUCCUGGUAGCUGUGAAGAUGCUGAGAUCAGAUGCCACGAUCCAUGCCAGGAAUAACUUCCUCAAAGAGGUGAAGAUCAUGUCACGGCUGAAGGACCCAAACAUUAUCCGGCUUCUUGGAAUCUGUAUCCGUGACGACCCUCUCUGCAUGGUCACUGAGUACAUGGAGAAUGGGGACCUCAACCAGUUCCUGUCCCAACGGGUGCUGGAGAACCACUUCACCUUGGCAAAUAAUCUCCCCAGUGUAAGUUACCGGUGCCUCCUGCACAUGAUGACACAGGUUGCCUCAGGCAUGAAGUACCUCUCCUCGCUUAACUUUGUGCACCGGGAUUUGGCCACACGCAACUGCCUGGUGGGGAACCACUACACUAUCAAGAUCGCCGACUUUGGCAUGAGCCGCAACCUGUACAGCGGUGACUAUUACCGCAUCCAGGGCCGUGCCGUGCUGCCUAUCCGGUGGAUGGCGUGGGAGAGCAUUCUGCUGGGAAAGUUCACCACAGCCAGUGACGUGUGGGCCUUUGGAGUAACUCUGUGGGAGAUGUUCACCUUCUGCAGGGAGCAGCCGUACUCUCAGCACUCCGAUGAGCAAGUCAUCGUGAAUACGGGAGAAUUCUUCCGGAAUCAAGGCCGACAGAUCUACCUGCCUCAGCCAGUUGACUGUCCCAAGCAGAUGUUUGAUCUAAUGAUCAGCUGCUGGAGCAGAGACAUCAAGGACCGGCCAAGCUUUGAGCAGAUCCACCACUUCCUCCAGCAGCAGUUGGUCAAUGGAACCUAGUUGUUGCGUAUCGCCCAUUGCUCCUGUACACCAAUGGACAACUCAGCUUCUUCGUCGCUGCCAUCUCUGGUGCAGGAAUUGACCAGUGGUGCCUGCUUGUGAUGAGCUCCUUAUUUUGUGCACUUCCUGCUCGUGCCUCUCUAACAACGCAACUUCCUGUCUGCUGACAUCACGUACUGACAACAUGGUUACCAACUGGCUCAAGAUGGCUCCUCACUACGGGAACACUCAAGGGACAAAGCAUUGGGAAUGUGUCGAUGUUGGGAGUUAUUUGGCCAAGUGUCAGUACGUUGAGGAAGCUGAAAUGUUUUGAGAUGCAGGCUGAAAGAGCCUGAAGUUGGCCAAGAGACACGGCCAAAGCUUGAUCACACAAGACUACUUUCCUCUGUCAUUCCCUGUGGCAACGACAAACACUGGUUUCCUUCUUAUGGCGUGGUUUCCUCACACUGGAAGCUGAAAGCUGUAGAUGGACAGAGAAGCCUGUGGAAACUGGUGAUGGAUGUGUCCAGUGCCCUAGACCUAAGAAUGUAGACACAAUCCCCAGUAACUUUUGAGGAGAUGUCCAUCAGCCUAAAGGAGAUUAUAGUUGUGCUGGUGGUCACUGUUUUAGGACAGAUUGUACUUUAAGUGCGGUGGACUGCUGUGCGAUGAGAGGCGGGCAGUGAGGUGCCAGCAGCUGAACGUGUUGCUGUACAUGGGCUGCUUUCACAAGUGACUGACCGGCUGAUACUUUGGCGAAACAAUUGAUGCAUAUUGCAUCUGCACUGACGUUGCAUUCUUUCAGCACUGGUGGCUUUAAUGUGAGAGCUGUUCACAGACCGUGGCCUCCUGCCGUGGAAGUUUGAGAGGAGGGUUCAGCAGACUUGACGAGGGGCAGGGGAGGUGGGUUAGACAGCUUCCACUUCACUGAGCCGCCUUCCCCACUGAACACCCAAGACCCUCGAAGGUGGGUGAAGACGUACACUUCCAGCUUGAGCACAGGCUGGGGUCUAAGUGAGUUGCCGGGGGGCAGGUACGAGUGGGCUUCGGGAAAAUUGGUGCGGGGCUCAGGCAGUGUUGGUGCAGUGUGAUGUUACAUCUGGACAGAGUGUCUAAGGCCACGGGCCACACCCUAGAAUAAAAGGUCGGCUAUUCACGGUGGGCACCGGCCACAGGGGUGUUGGACAACACGGGGGAAAGGGGCCCCAUGAGUUUGGGAAAGGAGGGAGACAGCCAUGUGGGGAAGGGUAAGACCCUUUAGUUUAGAGGCAGCCUGUGUGACGGGAGCUCCGGAGGCUCGGGGAUGGCUCGGGCGGAUUUCUGGAUGUUGAGGGAAUGAAAGUCCAUGCUGGAAAGUGGCACUGAGGUAAAAGGUCAACAGUGAUAUUGAAUGGUAUAGCAGGCACAAUGGGCUGAAUGUCCUCCAGCUGCUUCUAUUUAUAUUCUUAGAGUGGGGCAGGUUAUACCUGUUAUACCUGGCUGUUAUUACCAGAUCUUGGCUGGUGAUGGUAGACAUGAGGAGUGGGAGUGCACUGGAUGGGGAGGGGGUACAUGUGGGAGGGGUGGGGAGUGAGAAAUAGGAGGAUAGGCGGGUCACUCAGUCCCCGCUGUCUGCCCUGCCAUUCAGUAAAACCAUUUACCUCACCGCCACUUCUGUGCAUUAACCAUUGAUUCCCCGAAUAUCCAAAAGGCCAUUGACAGCUGUUUGGAGUAUACUUGGUAACUCAACAUCCAUACUCCCAGGCAGAGAAUUCCAAGGAUUUACUACCCUUUGGGUGCAAAGAAAAUUCCUCUCAUCGUAGUCCUGCAUGGCCAGUCACUGGUGUUGACACCCCAUCCCCUGGUCCUGGACAGCCCAGCCUGGGAAACCUCAUCCUUGCAUCAAACCAUGUAGGAAUUUUGUAUGUUUCAAUGAAAUCGUCCUUUCAACCUCUGGACAAUAUGGACCCUGUCACCUUAACCUCUCCUCAAAGGACAAUUGUCCCCAUCCCAGGAAUCACUCUGGUGAACUUCCAUUGCAAGUAGGUGGGGAGACCUGACCUGUCCACAGUUACUCACGGUGCAGUUUCACCAGGGCCCCAUAUCAUUUCAGUGAGAUAUCUUUACUCUUGUACUCAAAUCCUUUUGAAAUAAAGACUGACAUAUAGUUUG